GUGUACUAUUGUGGAAAAGCCAGAGAAACACGUUUGUGUUUCUUUAGUGUUUUCAUGUUUUUUAAGUAAUGGUCCGAUCAGUAUGGUGAUGGAUUAUUUAAGAAUUGUUUUCAUUUGUAUUUGCUCAAUGAUACAGUUUGUUUGCUUUGACCACAGGAAUGCAGGUGCACUUCUCACAGACAAAUUGCUGAUUGUCACCAUUGCCACUCAAGAGACUGACAGCUUCCUUCGCUUCAUGCAGUCAGCAGGUUACUUCAGCUACACUGUUAAGGUGAUUGGGAUGGGUGAGAAUGUCACUAGUGGAGGCCAGAGAACUCAACUGCUGAGGGAUGUGAUGGGGACACUGAGCAGUGAGGACAACCUUGUGGUCAUGGUCAUGGGCAGCUUAGAUGUUAUCUUUGCUGCGGAUCCAGGGGAACUUCUAAAGAAAUUCUACCAGAUCAACCACAAAGUGGUACUGGCGGUCCAGAAGCUUAUCCAGCCAGAGGAGAGAAUGGCCCAGGGACCCUUGUCAGAGCUCAAUGGGAAGAGACCCCUUGGCUCUGUAGGCCUCAUUGGAUAUGCUCCAUAUAUUAACAAAAUAUUUGAGCAGCGAAACCCUCUGGAGGAUGAUGAUGAUCACCUUUUUUACACCAGACUAUACUUGGACCCACUUCAAAGGGAACUUCUGAAUGUGACACUGGAUGACAGGUGUGAGAUCUUCCAGACCUUGAAUGGAGCCCUCGGUGAAGUCCGGUUGAAGUUUGAGCCCAAAAAGGCAAGAGUGAGGAACGCUGCAUACGACACGCUACCAGUGGUGAUCCACGGCGACAGGAAUGCCCGAGUGAACCUCAACUCCCUGGGCAACUACAUCCCCAACACUCUGGGUCAUGAGCAUGGGUGUGGCACAUGCAAUCAGGACAUGUGGGACCUAUCCCAGAUCAGAGAAUAUCCGCGCGUCACCCUGGGUGUGUUCAUCGAACAGCCGACUCCCUUUCUGCCCGAGUUUCUAGAGCGCUUGUUGGUGCUGGAUUACCCAAAAGACUGCCUGAGUGUGUUUAUCCAUAACAAAGAAGUUUACCACAAGAAACAUGUCCGGAGGUUUCGGGAGGAAAAUGGGACCAUCUUCAAGAACUUCAAAGUUGUGGGUCCAGAGGAAGGUCUGAGCGAAGGAGAGGCAAGAAACAUGGGGAUGGACCUGUGUCGCCGGGAUGUGGAAUGUGACUUCUACUUCAGCAUGGAUUCCGAUGUGACGCUAACAAACGGGGCGGCUUUGAGACUCCUCAUUGAGCAGAACAGAAAAAUAAUUGCUCCCCUUGUCAGUCGUCGGGGUAAAAUGUCAUCAAACUUCUGGGGAGCCUUGGGACCAGAUGGCUAUUUUGCAAGAUCUGAGGGCUACCUGGACAUUGUACGUGCAAGACGUGUCGGAGUGUGGAAUGUCCCGUACGUGGGCCAUGUGUACCUCAUAAAAGGCACGACUCUGAGGGAGCAGCUGAGGCAAAGGGACGCUUUCACACUGAGCAAACUGGAACCAGACGUGGCACUGUGCAGGAACAUACGAGAACUGGGCAUUUUUAUGUAUAUCACAAACUGCCAUGAAUUUGGAAGACUGAUUUCCACAGCUAACUACAAGACUACUCACUACAACAAUGACUUGUGGCAGAUAUUUGAAAACCCAGAGGACUGGAAGGAGAAGUACAUUCAUCCGGAUUAUUCUAGAAUUUUCACACAGAGCAUCGUUGAGGAGCCCUGUCAAGAUGUAUUCUGGUUUCCCAUAUUUUCUGACAAAGCCUGUGAUGAACUCAUUGGAGAGAUGGAGAACUAUGGGUCGGGCGCACCAAACUGGGACACGCAGCUUGAGGGUGGUUAUGAAUUCUUCCCAAGGGACGACGUUCACAUGGCACAAAUCAAGUACGAAAAAGAAUGGCUGCACUUCAUCCGAGAGUAUAUUUCACCGGUGGCAACAAAGGUUUUCUUUGGCUACAACACAAAGAGCUACGCCCGCACGAACUUUGUGGCGAAAUACACUACUGACCGUCUGGACACCCUGAAGCCACGCCAUGACAUCUCGACCUUCACUAUCAACAUCGCCCUCAACAAAGAAGGCACUGACUUUCAGGGUGGAGGAUGUAAGUUCCACAGGUACAACUGCACGAUCGAGUCCCUGAGGAAGGGGUGGAGCCUCAUGCACCCAGGUACCCUAACCCACCAGCAUGAAGGCCUGCCCACCACCAGCGGUACACGCUACAUUGCAGUCUCUUUUAUUGACCCAUAAGCAGGUGCUCUGGCUUCAGGCAGCUCAGUGUUUCAUUCCAUCCAUCCAUCCAUCCAUCCAUCCAUCCAUCCAUCCAGCCAUC